AUGAAUAUUGAAGACUUUUUGAAUAGCUUUGGCAAUAAGGGUAAAAAUUAGGAGGAAGACAUUGAAAAGACAAUAGUGGAGUUUAUUGAUAAUGAAGCUAAUGAUAGAAGUGUCGAUACAAAGUGUAUAACUAAGUUGCUGAUUGCUUUUUAGAUGAAUCAGAUUAAUCUUUUUUAGUUUUUUGAAAAAAUGUAAUUUUAUUUUGUGAAUGGGAGAGAGAAGACAAGACAAAGAGCAACUGAGUUUAUUUAUCUGUUUUUUAGCAGGUACUCAGGUUUAUAAAUGUCUUAGGAGGAAGUAGAAUCGCUCUAUUUAUUUUUCUUAACUAAGCUGUUCGAUGUUGCCACAGUGAAGACUGCAAAUAAGGUGUUGCUAGAAUUACUGAAAAAUGUAAUCAAGCAUUAGGAAUAAAUGAAAUAAAAAAUAGAUUCAAAGAAGGCUGGAGCCUUUAAGGAAUUUAAGUUCAAUUUAGCAAAGCAGUUUAUAGAAAAAAUCAGUGAUAGCAAGUUCAAUAUUUCACAAUAUUCGCAAGAUGUGAGAGAUUCCGUUUACAUUAAUCUGAGGUUCUUGCAAGAGAAUUUCACAGAAAGCUGCGUAGAAUUGGGAGCAACAUAUGUAAAAGUUAUUAUCGAAUCUACAGAAGAUGAGAAAGAUCCAAGAUGCAUCAUUAAGUCAUUCAAAUUAAUAAGAUUUGUUUUGGAAAAUUUCAGUUUAUCUAUGUUGAAACCAUUUUUGGAAGAUAUUUUUGAUAACUUAGAGUGCUAUUAUCCUAUUGAUUUCUAACCAGAUCCAGAAUAAGAUAAAAAGUACUAGAUUUCUCCAAAAGAUCUUUCCGAAGCACUUGAUUUGUGUCUAAUUAAUAAGCACAUUUUGCAAAAAACUUUGGACAUCAUCAAUGAAAAAAUAAACUCUUCAUAUAUAGAUGCCAAGUUAGCCGCAAUGCAAACUUAUUAAUUAGUUUUUAAAAACUACCUUCCAGGAUAAUUGCUUUCUUCUUAAAGAAAACAGAUCUUGAACAACUUAAUAGAAAAUGCUUAAGACAUCGAAGAAGUUGAAUUAUAAGACAAAGUUGUUGACUCUAUCAAAUAAUAUAUUGUAUUCAUUACUUCUACUUGCAAAUCAGAUACAAAUAUUAUUGAAAAUUGUUAUUACGAUGAUUUGAAGUUAGUAAAUAAGCACAUUUUUAAACUCCUUGAAGACGGUCUUCUUCAUCACAAUGCAGCUCUUUCUGAGAAAUUAAUGAAAGCUCUGAUUCCCAUAAAUUAAAAUAUGAAUUACACAAUUGUCAACUCUAUUGUGAAGUACUUUAAUAGCAGAUAUACAAAUAAGGAAUCAAUAGUUGCUUAAAGAUAGCUUGAAUUUGUCUUAGUAAUUUUACUUGCUGCAGAACAAGAGAUAAAACACUCAUGCGAUUUUAUGCUCAAUCCCUUCUUCUACCUUGAUGAAGAAAAAGAAAAAAAUUUAAAAAACAUCUUGAUGGGAGAAAUUUAAAAUACAAAUGAUGAAUCAAUAUAAAUAUUAUCUUUAGCAAUUUUGAUGAAAUUAGCUGUUUAUGGCAAGGCAUCUAAAGAAAUGGAUAUUGAAUUCAUGAAAGUUUGUGAAGACAUCGGAAUAACAGAAGCAGAAUUAGAAAACUACUCUGAAACUGUAAAGAAAUGUAUGGUUGAAUACUGCUAUACUGUUAACUCAAAGCUCUAAGAAUCUCAAAUCUCAUUCUUAGAAUUAAAAUUGGUUGGGUUACUUGGUUAGUAAAACAUGAACGAAACUGUGGUUAAUGGAUUUAAUUCUAUGAUUUUAAAUAAUACAGAUGGUUGGAAAGAAUGCUUCGACUUCAUAAUCUAACACAUUAACAACCGCGAUUAGCAAAAAUUAAUAAAUUUAUUAUUAGAAAAAGUGAUUUCCCUGAACAAAGAAUAUGUCAAUAAACACAUCUACUAAGAAUUAACAUAAAUAAAUAAUUUAAUUAUUGAAGAUAAAUAAACAAGAAGCUAAUUAAAGACUAUCCUUUCAAAUGUAAUUAAAAGUGACUGUGAAUUAACUGAAUAAGAGAUAUCCUCAUUUAAAUCUCUUAUACAAAAGCCAUAUGAGAGCAUCACAUUAUUCACUAAGCUCAUUAAAAAGUUAAGCAAAACCAUUGAAAUAAAAGAUUUUUUCAUUUAAUUCAGUCAAAAUAUCUAAAAAAGUGACAUAAUUAAAGACAAAAAUAUUACUUCCUUUGUUCUCUCUUUAUCAAAGCUAUUUGGCAAUAAGAUACAAAAAUAUCUUUCUAAUGAGGAGUACAAACAAUUCAUGGGAGUAAUGAAAAGCAAAAUGAUUGAUAAAAAUAGUUCAGAGUUCGAGCUAAAAUUGUAUUCUAGAAUAUUCAGAGGAUUACUUAUUAGUAUGAACAAUGAAGCCUUCUAACUUCUUUCUUAGAUAAUUUAAUCAGAAAUUAAAGGAGAAUCUAAUUUAUCUGUUGAAUUUUACAACACAAUAAUGAACUCAAAAAAUGCAUAGGUAUAAAAGUCAUAUCUGUUCUAUUCUCCAACUUAUGCUCAGAGACUUUUCAAUACUUGUGUGGAAGUAUUCUACAAUAAACUUAACAGCAUUAAGAACAAUCCAGCAGAAAUAUAAAUGAAAAACAAAUGCUAUUUAGUUUUAACUUCAACUUUAUUGGUGAGUCCAUUUUCUAUUCUCAAGAUAAAUAAAUCAAUCAGUCUACCAAUUCUAAUUGAAGCUUUAACAUUUUCAUCCGACUCACAAGGACUUGAAAGUGCUAUAAAAUUAUUAACUAGACUUAUAAAUACUGACUUGAAUGUUAUAGGUAGCAGCAGUGAAAGUUUGAUAAAUUGUUUAUUAAAAUUGCUUUAGCAAGAAAAUAACAGCGUAAGUUGCACCAUCGAAAUAAUAAAAUGUCUGGCUGAAUGCAUUCGCUUUGAAUAUCAUUUAGUAAAACGCUAUAAAAAAGACGUAAUUGACAUCUUAGAUAGAUAUUUAUCUCAUAAAAAGAGACCUGUAAGAAGACACGCAGUCUAUACUGUCAACCAAUGGCACAUGAUUAUAUGA